AACAGCCCGCCGUGUCUCCUCGGGGUGGCAACCGGCAUAACCCGAGGGCCGGGCUCGUCUCCGGGCGCCAGGCGGACGAGACCGCGUCCCUCGGCCCUCCCCGGGCGCUCUGGGCCCUGCGAGCUCCGGAGUGAGGGGCAGGAGCCUGAACUCGGCGGGCAGGAGGCACCGAACCGAGGCGCGGCUCCCACCCACUCCCAGGACGGCCUGCGGCUGGCCGCGGGCCGUGGACGGCGCGGGGGCGGAGGCGGCGGAGGAAGGGGCGGGGGCUUGCGGGCUCCGGGCUGCAGGAAGGGGAGGCCGCCUGGGCGUCGGCGCUGCGCGAGGGGACGCGAUGAGCUCCGGGCCGCAGCUCCGCGAGGCUCCCCCUGCAGGUGAGGAACAAAACAUGACAGAAACGGACGCCUUCCAUAAAAGUGAAAUAUUUGAUCCGGCAGAAAAGUACAAAAUGGACCACAAGAGGAGAGGGAUUGCUUUAAUCUUCAAUCACGAGAGGUUCUUCUGGCAUUUGACGUUGCCAGAAAGGCGGGGCACCAGCGCAGACAGAGACAAUCUUAGACGCAGGUUUUCAGAACUAGGAUUUGAAGUGAAAUGCUUUAAUGAUCUUAAAGCAGAAGAACUACUGCUCAAAAUUCAUGAGGCGUCAACCACUAGCCACACAGAUGCCGAUUGCUUUUUAUGUGUUUUCCUGAGUCAUGGCGAAGGCAAUCACAUUUACGCAUAUGAUGCCAAAAUUGAAAUUCAGACACUGACUGGCUUGUUCAAAGGAGACAAAUGUCAGAGCCUAGUUGGAAAACCCAAGAUAUUUAUCAUUCAGGCGUGUCGGGGAGACCAGCACGACGUGCCCGUCAUUCCUUUGGACGUAGUGGAUCAUCGGACGGACCAGCCGGAGGCCAACAUCACCGAGGUGGAUGCGGCCUCGGUGCACACACUGCCUGCCGGAGCCGACUUCCUCAUGUGUUACUCUGUUGCAGAAGGUUAUUAUUCUCAUCGGGAAACUGUGAAUGGCUCAUGGUACAUUCAAGAUUUGUGUGAGAUGCUGGGAAAAUUCGGCUCCUCCUUAGAGUUCACAGAACUCCUCACCCUGGUGAACAGGAAAGUUUCUCAGCGCCGAGUGAACUUCUGCAAAGACCCAAAUGCAAUUGGAAAGAAGCAGGUUCCCUGCUUUGCCUCAAUGCUAACUAAAAAGCUGCAUUUUUUCCCAAAAUCUAAAUGAUAGGAACUAUUUUGUUUUAUGUAUCUAUAUUCAAAACAGAUUUUCUAUCUUUUUAUAUCAGUAAAUAUCACUAGGUUGAAAUUUAUGAUACAGCAAUUUAAAAUGUCUUAAAAGGUUUAACGAGAACUUUAAAAAAUAGUUCAUAUUGGUAUUAGACAUGGUGAAAGGGUUUAAUAUAUGUGAAAUGAAAUCCUCAGGGAAUUACUAUAAAAAUCCAUAAGCAUUUGUAAUACUUGAUUUUUACAGUAAAUCACAAAGUUACUCAAAAUACCUUGCUGAUUUAACUUGUAUUUUGUUAGGGUUUUUUAUAAAAGUUUUAUAAUGUUUUUAAAGGUUUUUGAAACCCAAGAAUUAGUUGUUUUCCCUUAAUAAAAUAUUUGAAAUUCA